AUGGCUGAGCCUCGCUGGGCUACCGAGACACUAUCUACGUCUCGUCAUCACUCGAGGUUCCCACGAUUAUUUUUACUCCUUUUGAACCUCUUGUGUGACCGUCUUGAUCCGGUCUGUUCGCAAUGCAAGAGGGCGGGGAAGCCGUGCGGUGGCUAUCGCGAUGUCCCGGCUCUCCUGUUCCGUGACGAGAAUGACAAAACGGCCCGGCGUUCUGCGGUGGCUAAAUCUAGAUCGGAAGCACGUCGCAAGCUGCUAGACUGGUCAGAGGACGUCUCUGAUUCUUCUAGUCAUGGUGCGGGGCUCUGUCAGUCGGAUUCUGUAGAUUGGAGUCAAACCCUCCAGCUGGCGUUGGCUCCCACCCUGCCCAAAACGGUACCAUCGAGCGUGGACGACCAAGGGUUGAAAUUCUUCAAUCAUCAAUUUGUAACUUCGAUUGCAAGGAUCGACGAGGAUGUGCCGUAUCCACUCGAGAUCUCUCCCUUUUUGAGCACCCUUCCUGACCAAUCGCCUCUGCGGAAUGCAGUUGUUUCUGUGGGGUUAGCCGCUAUGUCUAAUGUCACUCGAGACCGAUCUCUGUUACUGGUUGCCCGGGAAAGAUAUGUGGCGUCUAUCAAUUUCGUUCGAAGUGCGGUGGAGUUCCCUGAAAAGGCGAACCCUGACGAGACCCUCAAAACCAUCUUGAUGCUAAGUCUGUAUGAGAUGGUCUGCUGUACUUCAAACCAAAUUGACUCAUGGACCGUGCAUCUCGAUGGUGUUGCAGCUCUCCUUAAACAGGCAAGCUUCGGUCAAGCAAUGAGGAGCAUCAAUCCGGGUCCCCAACUACAAUUUCAUUUUAUAUCUAUUGUCAGAUACUUCUUGGUCCAGGAAAGUUUCCCGACAGACUUAAAUAACUGGUCCCCGGACUGCAUCCUGAAUGCGGGCCUUUACGAACAGCCAGCCAUUCUCCUGAUCGAUAUCCUGAUUCGUUUUAUGAAGCUCCACUCUUCUGUCCGUCAAGAUUCAACCCUUGAUCAUACUACCAUUGUAUCUUCCGCUCAGCUGUUUGAUGAUGAGUUAAACCAAUGGGAGAGUCAACUCACAGACAAAUGGCUCUUUACCAUGAAAGCAUCGAAUAAUUUAGAGCAUACAUUCAACGGCCAGUAUCUAGCUUAUAGCGAUGUUUGGACAUCACGAAUUCUCAAUCAUUACUUCUUGGGGCGGUUACUGGUCAGCGAAAUGAUCCUCUUUCAUUUAGCAAGGCUAAAAUCACCAACUUUGGAGCAUUUACGGCUGCGACAGCAAGCCCUUAACACAACUUCACGAAUCGCAAUAAAUAUUUGCGCCGGCGCAGCUACUCAAAUUGGAUCUAUUGGAUUCGGUGUUCCUCCAAAGCUUUUAUCACAUCUGCCACCGCUGAACGGGGUUUUCAUGCUGAUAUUCCCCCUGGCAGUCGCUGGAAGUGUCGCUGGUGCACCAGUAGAAGUGAGCCAAUGGGUGAUUCAAAUGCUCCAAAGGAUUGGUGACACGAUGGGGAUUAAACGCGCAUUAGAGAUUAUACCAAUGAUCAAACAAGUUCGGGUGCGCAAAAUACGAGAGUUGAUUGAUCAGGAAGGAUGA